GGAGCGGAGCGGAGGAUGCAGCAGCCGCAGCCGCAGGGGCAGCCGCAGCCGCAGCAGCAGCAGCCGGGGCCGGGGCAGCAGCAGCAGCAGCAGCAGCAGCUGGGGGUGCAGGGGGCGGCGCCGGGCUCCGGGGGCGGCCCUGGCGGGGGAGGCCCGGGCCCCGGCCCCGGGCCUUGCCUGCGGCGGGAGCUCAAGCUGCUCGAGUCCAUCUUCCACCGCGGCCACGAGCGUUUCCGCAUCGCCAGCGCCUGUCUCGACGAGCUCAGCUGCGAGUUCUUGCUCGCCGGGGCCGCGCCCGGCCCGCAGCUGCCCCCGCGGGGUUCGGGCCCCGGGGAGCCCGUCCGCAUCCACUGCAACAUCACGGAAUCUUACCCUGCCGUGCCCCCUAUCUGGUCAGUGGAGUCUGAUGACCCUAACUUGGCUGCUGUCCUGGAGAGGCUGGUGGACAUAAAGAAAGGAAAUACUCUGCUCUUGCAGCAUCUGAAGAGGAUCAUCUCUGACCUGUGUAAACUCUACAACCUGCCUCAGCAUCCAGAUGUGGAGAUGCUGGAUCAGCCAUUGCCAGCAGAGCAGUGCACACAGGAGGAUGUGUCUUCAGAGGACGAAGAUGAGGAGAUGCCAGAGGACACAGAAGACCUGGAUCACUAUGAAAUGAAAGAAGAAGAGCCAGCUGAAGGCAAGAAAUCUGAAGAUGAUGGCAUCGGAAAGGAAAACUUGGCCAUACUAGAGAAAAUUAAAAAGAACCAGAGGCAAGAUUACUUAAAUGGUGCGGUAUCUGGCUCGGUGCAGGCCACUGACCGGCUGAUGAAGGAGCUCAGGGAUAUUUACCGAUCACAGAGUUUCAAAGGCGGAAACUAUGCAGUGGAACUCGUGAAUGACAGCCUGUACGAUUGGAAUGUCAAACUCCUCAAGGUUGACCAGGACAGCGCUUUGCACAAUGAUCUCCAGAUCCUCAAAGAGAAGGAAGGCUCUGACUUCAUUCUCCUCAACUUUUCUUUUAAAGAUAAUUUUCCCUUUGACCCGCCGUUCGUCAGGGUUGUGUCUCCGGUUCUUUCUGGGGGGUAUGUUCUGGGCGGAGGUGCCAUCUGCAUGGAACUUCUUACCAAACAGGGCUGGAGCAGUGCCUACUCCAUAGAGUCUGUGAUCAUGCAGAUCAGCGCCACACUGGUCAAGGGGAAAGCACGAGUGCAGUUCGGAGCCAACAAAUCUCAGUACAGUUUGACAAGAGCACAGCAGUCCUACAAGUCCUUGGUGCAGAUCCACGAAAAAAACGGCUGGUACACACCCCCAAAGGAAGACGGCUAACCCUGGGGGCCGGCCCCCUUCUCCCUCCCCAGGCGCCACUGGACCAAUUACCUUUGAAUGCUGUAUUUGGGUCUCACGCUGCCUCUGUGGUUCCCUCCCUCAUUUUUCCUGGACGUGAUAGCUCUGCCUAUUGCAGGACAAUGAUGGCUAUUCUAAACGCUAAGGAAAAACACACACACAGAACUGUCUUCAAGUACUCCAGACUGACUCACAGACCAACCAACCACUUGGCUGGAACCCUUGCUAGCAGGCAUUCUUAUAAGAGAAACUUUCAAGCCUCCUUCUUCUGCUGGAAACUCAGCUGUGCUCCAGACUAGAGCCUCCUUACCUAUGCUAUGGAUUUUUAAUUUAUUUUCUCUUAUUUCAUGUACACUGCUUUUUUUGGUUACAGUGUAUGAUGGAUGUGUAUGGAAAAAAUGUAUCUUUGGGAAAACAAUUACAGUUUGUUAAUUUGAA